AUGAUCAUCAUCCUCACCCCCACCGUUGUUAUCUCUGCAGAGGGCAACCGCCGUCGACAGACCUUGAUGGCACCCGUGGAAGAAAUGACGGAGGAAAAGAAUUUUUCGGAGCUUAUUACUCAGAUAUUACAAAAGGCGCCGGCUGCCAGGAAGGACCUUGUUGAUAACUGCAGCAACCUCCACCGAGUGGCAGAUUACUGCGAUAACAAUUAUGUUCAGGCAGAAGAUCAAUCCAAGGCGGUUGAAGAGAUCAAGGCUUUGGUGAACCAGUCGCUGGCCAGUGUGACCUAUCAGAUUAACAAUGUGGCCAGCUCUGUGCUGAGACUGCUGGACUUACAGGCCAGGCAGAUGAAAGACAUGGAGUCCUCCAUCAACCUGUUGUCACUGGCUGCAGCUAUCCACUGUGAAAAGGUGGCCAGGAGAGAGAUUGGUGUGUUCACUACCCCCAAAAACAAGACUUUUUCCAAGCUUAUGACCCCACCAGCUUCAGGCAAGGAGCCCGAGGAAGCCUACUCAAGGGAGCCAAUCUCGUACUCCAUACUGGACAACAUAGGACACAGUUUUCAGGUCACUGAAGCGCCCAGAAAGAGAGCAGGAACUGCAGACAGUAUACAGAGCGCUGCAGACACCACUUUCUCCAGUCACGGUAUCGCUGUGCCACCACCCUCAGUCCCCGCCAACAACAGCCUGCCUCCUCCUCCUCCGGCCUCUUCAGCCUGUUUGGUCCCCGACCUGCCUGCUCCCCCGCCGCCUCCCUCUUUCUCCAUGGACACUGACCUCCCCCCUCCGCCCACCUUCCCCUCGCCCACAGAUCUCCCCCCGCCUUCCCCUCCACCAGCUAUAAGCCCGUCAAGCACCUUCCCGUUGCCACCUCCUCCCGUAUCUGCGGGUUCCCCUCUUCCUCCUCCGCCUCCUCUUCUGUCAGCACCACAUCUCAACACUGGCACCUCUGUUAAUGUGCCACCACCGCCUCCCCCGCCUCCCCCACCUCCCCCAAGACUAGAACCAGGACAAUACUGCUCAUCUAGUUACAAUAAUUCUCCCGCUGUGUACUCGAUUCCUAUACUGGACGAGCAGCAGCGGGACGAGGAGGACGUAAUUCACGUUUAUGAACUGUAUUUUCAGCCUCCUGUGUACAACUUAAGAAAUGACAGUCCUCCUCCUCCAUACAUACUUGAACCACCACCCUACAUCAACCCACCUUCACCACCACCCUACAUCAACCCACCACCCUGCCUCAACCAGUCACCACUGCCGCCACCACCACUACCAUCACUACUACUACCAGCACCACCACCCUACAUCAGUCCACCAUCAUCCCCCUAA